AGAAGUGCUGCGGAGACGAUGAAGGCUCUAGCGUGUCAAAUCUGCAUCAUCACGGCGUUCCUGGCGCUCCCGUGCACAGGAUUUUCGUGUAACGGCGAGAGGUAUCCGGAAUUGAAAAUCCAGUGCUUGCGACACCUUCAACUGAAAGUCAAGGCGGUGCUGGGCGACCUCACGGAAAACUGCAGGGACUUCGCAGACUUCGCGACCUGCCUGAGGGACAGCUGGGUGAGCUCACACUGUGCUAACGUGGCAGGGGCAGCGCGGUUCAACGAUUCACUGCUGCUGAGAAUGGAGCAGGUGUACUUUCCCGAUUGCCUGAACGAAACCAGCGGGAUCGAAAAGGAAUGCCAUCCAGGCAAAGCCCUCCAGAAGUUCAUGAGCUGCGGAAGCCGAUUCUACGACAGCGCCGUUCGCGUGUUUCAGAACCACGACACCGUGUCACUCACGUCGAUCUGCCCCGAAGUGGACACGUACGACCAGUGCGCUCGUGAGACGCAGCAUGAGGCGCGCUGCUCGUCGGGAUACGAGAUGGCGCCCCACAUCAAGUUCAUCGCUGAUGGCGUCACUCAGAGGUACCACCUCCUCUGCGACGCCCUGAAUAAAGCAGCCUUUCAGAAGGGCACGACUGCUUGCAACCGUCAGAGGUUCAUCAACGACAUGUUCCUGUGUGGCUUCCACUUUGCCAACAUCAUGGACAUAGCCCGGAAGGAUUCCAGCAUCAAUCAGUGUUCGUACAUCGAGAGGUACAAGAAGUGCCACAACACUUCACUGGAGACGUACGGCUGCGCUCCCCCCGACCAGCUGUACAAGGACGCCGAGAAGUUCUUCGAGUUCCUCACGCAUAAGUUCAUGGACAAGUGUCGGGGAGACAACAAAGCAGGCAAUGUCGCCCUCGUGUCCCUCCUCACCGACAAAGACGGUGCUUCGGAUGCUGAGAACAGCUGCGACGGGUACAACUUCAUCGGACACUUCUUCCGCUGCUCCAACUACUUCAUGAAUGCGACCAGGUCGCUUCCAGGACACCAGGCGCAUUUGCAGAGCGUUGACCCGGUACCAGCUGUGCAUGCAGAGAGGCCGGCUGCGCACCCACUGCGAUAAGGUGGUGGAGCUGAAUGGCCACGUGGAUUCGAUGGAGCAGCUGAUAGUUGGCAAGGCACGAGUCUCUGUGCUCUGCCAGAGGAAACAAAGCUUCCAGAGAGAGCAAAGGCAGAAAUCCCAGUCGCUAGGCUGUUGCGGCUGCCCUCGGCAAAUGCUGUGAUCUCCUGGUUGUUUUUUUUUUGUUUAUCAGGUAAAAAAAACGUAGCCGGUUCGCAGUUUCUUGUCACGAACUGUCUUCAUGCAUUAAAUUAAUGUCUUUGAUGUACUCAAGGCUAGCGAUUGUUGUUUAGUACGCUAAGCUGUAAGGUUUUUCAUAUGCAUAUGGGUACAGAGAUAUGUAGAUUUUCACAAUAAGUGUGGCAUAACAUGUUGAAGUUCUUCGAUUUUACAGUAAGUAUGAAUUAAUUGCUGAUAAUGAGCAUGUUAAGCACUGUUCAUGGCUUCAGUCUACAGAAGCAAUUGAUGGUUCUGGCAAGGUGGCCAGGCAGAGCAAAGGCGGAAACGCCAAUGGUUAGGCUG